CGGGAAGCUGGGCUGACUGAGCUCGCCUCGUACCUUUGGAGCCGGCUGGACGAUCGGGGGUGGGUAGGGGGACUUACCGCCUUCCUCGCUCUCCGCUCGCUCCUUUAGGGACGGUAACUUUGCAAAGACUCACACGAGACUUGCAAAGGGACGGGGCGCCAAAAAAAAAAAAGACGCGGGAGCGGACCGGCUAAGGUAGAGUGCUCCUUCCUAACGCGAUCGCUUCUCUACUUUACGAGGCGCUGCAGACAAGAUGCAGCCGGCCGUCGCUAAGUGGUGAGCCGUACCCUGAAUGGGGGCGCCCGGACUUCUCUUCCUGCCGUGAAAUGAACUGGCUAAUGUUGGUGACAUUUUGACGAUCCAUGGAGAAGCAAGAGGGACCGGUUCUUUAACAAGCUGUCAGUCCCUGGCAGAGGGUAAUGGAAUCAGAAAGAAACAAAGUUGGACAUGUGCUGGCUGUGCCUUCCUGUAACUUGAAUCCAUAUUCUUUACUCAGGAAUGAGAAAGAAUAGACCUUGAACAUCUUCAUUAUAUGCUUUCAGGACUACACUUCUUCUGUGGAUGCUGAGGUCCCAGUUUUUCAUGCCUGUUGCCUGUGAUGGAUGUGAGCUCAACUGAAGGAUUUGGCGUGGCAGAGAAGAUUACACUGCUCACUUUUAUUUCAGCAGUUAUUCUUAUGGCUAUCCUGGGGAAUCUACUGGUGAUGGUUGCCGUAUGCAGGGACAGGCAACUGAGGAGAAUCAAGACCAAUUAUUUCAUAGUCUCUCUCGCCUUUGCUGACUUGCUAGUAUCUGUUUUGGUAAUGCCAUUUGGAGCAAUUGAACUGGUUCAAGAUAACUGGAUUUAUGGAAGGAUGUUCUGUUUGGUUCGCACUUCUCUUGAUGUCCUCCUCACUACUGCAUCAAUUCUUCAUCUGUGCUGUAUAUCAUUAGACAGGUACUAUGCCAUCUGCUGCCAGCCAUUGGUUUACAGGAAUAAGAUGACUCCACUACGCAUUGCUCUAUUGCUGAGUGGCUGCUGGGUAAUCCCAAUGUUUAUUUCUUUUCUUCCUAUAAUGCAAGGCUGGAAUAGCAUUGGCAUCAUGGAGUUGGUAGAGAAAAGGCAGUUCAACAAUGCAUCCAACUCAACUUACUGCAUAUUCAUGGUGAACAAGCCGUAUGCCAUCACCUGCUCAGUCGUAGCUUUCUACAUUCCAUUUCUGCUAAUGGUUCUAGCCUACUACCGAAUAUACAUUACAGCAAGAGAGCAUGCUCACCAGAUACGAAUCUUACAGCGUGCAGGAGCACCAACUGAUGGACGACCCCAACACCCGGAUCAGCAUAGCACACACCGUAUGAAGACUGAGACUAAAGCUGCAAAGACCCUCUGUAUCAUCAUGGGGUGUUUCUGCUUGUGCUGGGCACCUUUCUUUAUCACAAACAUAAUAGACCCUUUCAUACAUUAUGCAGUUCCUGGUCAGAUAUGGACCGCUUUCUUGUGGCUGGGAUACAUCAAUUCAGGACUGAAUCCCUUCCUUUAUGCAUUCUUGAACAAGUCUUUCAGACGUGCCUUCCUCAUCAUCUUGUGUUGUGGUGAUGAACGAUAUCGAAGACCUUCCAUCUUGGAACAAACGGUACCUUGUUCUACCACUACUAUCAAUGGAUCGACUCACGUACUCAGGUACACAGUCUUGUACAAUGGUCAUCACCUGGAACCUGACAAGCUUCCAAUCCACAAUGAUCCAGAAUCCCAAGAGUCCUGCUUCUAACAAGUGGUCUAUGCUGAAAGACACAAGAGGUUCAUGCAUCAGGAACUUAAAUGCCAGAUUGAUAUUGUCUGCGUUGCCAUAAUGCUGUCUUGUAUUGGCUUCACAUUGGCACCAACAGCUCAAAUGUGCUUUACAAUAACAUAGAGCGACAUGGAGUGGUACAAAGUUACUGUUGCUUCUGAUUGAUGCUUGGAAGUCAUAAUGCUUUGCAUGUGAUGAACAAACGAUAAGCGACAUGCUUGAUUGUCUUCGUGUUUGUUCUAAGUGAUAUGUCAGUCACACAUCUUUUUCUUAUGUGCUAACAAUAUACGUCUUUUCCCCAGACCUUGAAGUUUGACCUGAAAGUGCUAAAAUGCAAUUAUAUUUCUGCUUUACCAAAAACUGAGGUUGUUUCUCAAUUAUUUUUAAUAACAAGCUUUGCCGGUAAUGCAACAACAAAAAGGACGCAUUGCUGUGUGUUGUUUUUCCUAGGCUGCCUGUAGAUGCCAAAGAACAUAAAUAAUAUUCUUGAAGGUGAAAUUGAUGCAAUACAAUGUUCUGCAACCCCCAUCAAAAUGAACUACUGUAAGAAAAAUAGUCAGUUAAAAAGACUCAUUUUUCACCAGUCAGAGCCCAUUAGCUUUAAAUCUCCUGACAUUCUCCUUAGGAUUUUCAUCUCCUGAUCUUACUGAUUUGAAGGAAAAGGGGACCUUAAAAGGGGAUUGGGGACUUAAACAGUUGAGGAAACAAAUAGCUCCUCUAUAUCAGCCAACUAACUGGCUUCUUGUGGUAUGUUUACUUAGGCACAUUGAAAUCACCUCUGUAGUUUGAUAAUGUAUUAGGAAGAACAAUUGACUUGUUCCUUAGGUCAUUUAUUUCUCACCCCAAUUGUCACAAACUGGGACAUUCAUUCUGGGAUGGUGAACAAUGAACAUAAAAGCAACUCAAGUGUCUGAGUAAAUCAGGAUUUAUUAUGAUCAGUGUCCCAAAGAAUCAGGGCCGUAAAAUAAAUCAGGAGGAAGCCAUCUCCAGGAACAAAUGACAAAAGCUUCGGCAGAUUGCUGAAAUAGUAAUGGAAGUAAGAACAGUGACUAAUGAAGGACAGGAUAGCAAGGAAAAGGUUAGUCUGCAGAUUCUCAGUGGAAGAUUAAUUGACUGAGCUCCCACAACAUUCUACAUAGUAAUGUGACUGGUGGACAUGUGAUUUAGGGUGUAAAACCCAGCCAUUAAGGUUUGUAAACUGUGUUUUGUGGACCAGUAUGUUGUGUGAGCUCUGAAGUUCAACAGGGUGAAGAUCAGCAGCAGAGACUUUAUAGAGCAGUGUUGGUGAACCUAUGGCACUUCUACUUAGCUCUAUAACAGUGUUGGCAAACCUUUGGCAUUCUCACGUGCUGGCCGCGUGCCGAAAAUGGCAUGCAAAACUGUCUUGUACUGAAUGUGUGGCCUCGCCGGCUCCUCAUUGCAUUCCUGUACUCAAACGCGCACCAGUCAGUUGAUCGUCGCGUGCGCGGUGCCGACGGACCCCGGAAGUGUGGCGAUCCAUCACACAUGCACACAGGCACCCGGCCCUCCGGGUUGGUGUUGCGCGCAUACGCAAUGACCGCUGCACUUCCAGGGUUGCUGGCACUGAGUGUGCGACAGCCA